UAUCAAUAUGCCUGAAGGAGAAACUUUCCUGUUCACGUCCGAGUCCGUCGGUGAAGGUCAUCCCGACAAAAUCUGUGACCAAGUGUCCGAUGCUAUCCUAGAUGCCUGUCUUACCGAGGACAAGUUCUCCCGUGUUGCCUGUGAGACUGCUGCCAAGACUGGUAUGAUCAUGGUUCUUGGUGAAAUCACCACCUCUGCCAAACUUGAUUACCAGAAGAUCAUUCGUGAGACCAUCAAGCAGAUUGGUUACGAUGACUCUGCAAAGGGCUUUGACUACAAGACCUGCAAUGUUCUUGUUGCCAUUGAACAGCAAUCUCCAGAUAUUGCUGGUGGCCUUGUUCAGUCGGGUACUGAUAUUGAAAAGAUUGGUGCUGGUGACCAGGGUAUCAUGUUCGGCUAUGCUACUGACGAAACCCCUGAGCUCAUGCCUCUCACCAUCAUGCUUGCGCACAAGCUCAACAUCAAGAUGACUGAGCUCCGUAACAACGGUGUUCUCGGCUGGUUGCGUCCCGACUCCAAGACCCAGGUCACUGUCGAGUACAAGACCAUUGAUGGAGUCCCCGUCCCCCAGCGCGUCCACACUGUUGUCAUUUCCACCCAACACGCUCCCGAGAUUGCUCUUGCUGAUCUUCAGAAGGAACUUCUUGAAAAGGUCGUCAAAACCGUCAUUCCUGCCAAAUACCUUGACGACAAGACCAUCUAUCACUUGCAGCCCUCUGGCCGUUUCAUUAUUGGUGGACCUCAGGGUGAUGCUGGUGUUACUGGCCGUAAGAUUAUUGUCGACACUUAUGGUGGUUGGGGUGCUCACGGUGGUGGUGCUUUCUCUGGUAAGGACUGGUCCAAGGUUGAUCGUUCUGCUGCAUACACUGCCCGUUGGGUUUCCAAGUCUAUUGUUGCUGCUGGUCUUGCUCGUCGCUGCCUUGUUCAGUUUUCGUAUGCCAUUGGUGUUGCCGAGCCCACCUCUGUCUACAUUGAUACAUACGGCACUGGUAAAAAGACUAACGAGGAGCUUCUCCACAUUAUCAAGCAGAACUUUGAUCUUCGUCCCGGUGCAAUUGUAAAGGAGCUUGAUCUUUUCAAACCCAUUUAUCGCGAGACGGCCAAGUACGGUCAUUUUGGUCGCUCAGAGUUCACCUGGGAGCAGCCCAAGACUCUCAAGUUUUGAACGGCUUUCAGCAUUGUAUUUUCAUGACUUGAACGUAGUAAACACGAAGCAUAUUCUUAUUUUAUUGUGU